GAGCCGAGCGAAACUCCGUUCCCUGCAAACCAAAGUGGAUUUUUAAACGAUAAAACAGCAUCAUACAACUUUUGCUUUUCUUCCAGGGAAGGAAAUAAGAAACCCAGACUUUAAAUCAUCUGCUGAAUGUAAGCGUUUAGGUUUAUUUGUUUAUUUCCAGAAGCGUAUUUUUGUAUAAACUUAGUUUGAUCUUUUUACUUGAGAGAGCUUUAUUCAUCAGUGCUUUGGGGAGUCGUUUGUUUUUGAUAUAUUACGCGGAGUUUGUGAUCCUAUAGUCGGGAUGCUGACUUUAGUGGUUGGACUGCUGUAUCUGGUCAGUGGACGCACAGCUCGGAGCCAGGAUGCCACAGGUAGCCGCUUCGUUUGUAACGCCAUUCCCCCGGGUGCAGAGCCAGGCUGCGGGUAUAUUUCUGCGGGAAACCGCGUCCAAAGCAACAGCCCCGUGGAGGACGAGUUGCGGAACACGAUCAUCCAGCUGCGGGAGACCAUCCUGCAGCAGAAGGAGACCAUCGUGAGCCAGCAGGGAACCAUUAAGGAGCUCAACUCCAAGCUGACGCGCUGCGAGGUGACAGUUGAAGUGUCGCCCCUGGGAAAGUCCCGAGUGCAGGGCUCCAGACGGAAGGACUACGGUAAGAACACGAUGGGCGACCUGCCCCGGGACCCCGGCGAGACCAUAGACCAGCUCGGAAAGACCAUGCAGAGUCUCAAGGGUCGUCUGGAGAACUUGGAGCAACAAAGUGUUCGUCUCCCCAGCACCAACGUGUCAGCUGCAGGUGUCUCUGCUCUGACUCCUCUGCCACCAGAGCUGCGGGAGCUGCUGCGGCAGCGUCUGGAGGCACUGGAGACCCAGCUCCUCCGCAAGGUGGCUGAGCUGGAGGAGGAGAAGAGCCAGCUCUACAAUGAAACAGCGGCCCACCGCCAACGCACUGAGAGUACUCUCAAUUCCCUCCUGGAGAGGAUCACCGAGCUUGAGAAAAGUAAUAACGCCUUCAAGUCACCGGAGGACUUCAAGGUGUCCCUCCCUCUUCGUACCAACUACCUGUACGGCCGCAUCAAGAAAAGCCUUCCAGAAAUGUACGCCUUCACCGUCUGCAUGUGGCUCAAGUCCAGUGCGAGCCCUGGCAUUGGAACCCCUUUCUCUUAUGGCGUACCAGGCCAGGCCAACGAGAUAGUGCUCAUUGAAUGGGGAAACAACCCUAUUGAGCUACUGGUGAACGAUAAGGUGGCGCAGCUCCCGCUGGCAGUGAGUGACGGCCGCUGGCAUCACAUCUGCAUCACCUGGACAACCAGAGAUGGCUUCUGGGAGGCGUACCAGGACGGGGAGCGUCUGGGCACCGGUGACAACCUGGCCCCCUGGCACCCAAUUAAACCUGGAGGGGUAAUCAUCCUUGGCCAGGAGCAGGACAUAGUCGGUGGCCGCUUCGACGCCACGCAGGCCUUCGUGGGGGAGAUGAGCCAGUUCAACAUGUGGGACCGUGUCCUGAGGCCUGUGGACAUCGUGGGUCUAGCCAACUGCUCGGCUUACAUGCCUGGCAAUGUGGUCCCUUGGAUUGACGCUAACGUGGAAGUGUUUGGCGGUGCAAGUAAAGCAGCCCUGGAGAUUUGUGAAGAUCGUGCUUUUGAUUCCUAAAGGAUCUUACAUAAGGAAUCCAGUAUGGUCACUGGGAUUCAGAAGCAAAGUAUUCUGACUGUUGAGUUGCUUCUGUCAAAUCCCAGAGGAAGGCGGUAUCUGCAAUCAUCUUUACAUAUUUAUAUGUUUGCCUGUGUAGUUUAUUGGGCUCACAUCUCGAUGUGUCUAUCCAAAUUAAAUCCUAAAGACAUUACAUGAACGGUGACGACGUGACAUGCUGUCCUUCUGUGUUCCCUCCUCAGUCGAUCGGCUCUCUUUCAACUCCUCUCUGAAAACUGCUCUUUUUCGUUGCAAUCCACACACACACACACACACGCUGACAAUGCUGCACUGUAUCUGUGGUGCAUGUGCGCUCAAACAGACUUUGAUGCACUACGGCGCGCGGCGCUCGUGAGGUACAGGGCACAGUACAUGCUGUGAGCUUCCUCACUGUAUGAGGAGCAGCGAGACAUCAAACCCGCACGUGGAGCGAAAUGAGAUGGAUGCUCACGAGUUCAAACAGACCAGCAGGCGCAUCCCUUGCACUGCUGGUUGUUUUGAGGCAUCCCAACAGACAAGAUUGUCUAACAUGAGUGUGUGUGUGUGUGUGUGUGUGUG